AUGGCGACAGCGGAAACCAGCGAGAUAGCUUGUCCCUUCUGCAGCUACAAGACGACCGGCGAGUACCAAAUUCUGUUACAUAUGGAAACGGACCAUCCCGAAGACGACAAUUCACCGUUUGUUGUCCGUGAUGACUCUAAUCUUGCUGCUUCUAUCGGCGCGGGGGGCGAUGAGGAAAUACAAUUCCUUCCCUGCCCUGUGGAGGGAUGUGGAGAAGAACUUAUCCGAGCCGAAUUUGAUAGCCAUCUAGAGAUGCACACCGCGGAAUUUGAACAAGACUCGAGCGAUGAAAACAGCCGAGGCCAUACUUCUAAGAAACUAAAACUUAGUCCAGAAGCCAAACCAUCUUUUGGAACAAAACUCUCAGUGGCUCUACGUAACAUCAACGAUGAAGAGCCACCGCCUCGAAGCAGCGAUGAACGCAAAGCGAGCACCAAGGAAGCAUGGAGAGGCCUGUUGAAAAUGCCAGACAGCCCAAGGGAAGGAAGCGUCUCGAGUAGCAGUAAACCCCCUCGAAAACGAUUAGGAAAAUCGCAACUGGGACCGCAUGCCAACGAGAAGAGGAUGCCGGACUGGCUUGUGAAAUUGCUUCAAAAGGAUGGGGAGACGGCUGUCAUGGAGAGGUUUGAUGAGGAAGGGAACCUGCGCAGGUGUAGGGUUACUCCGAAUAGAGCGGAGGGAAUUUUGCCAGUUCUUCAGCAGUUGCUGGAGCAGGAUCGUGGUGUUGAGUGGGCGUUUUUGUGUCAUCCGGCUGUUAGACAUGUUUCGAAAUUGAAGAGAGAAGGCGGUUUCUGUGGAUAUCGAAAUAUCCAGAUGUUGAGUUCUUAUAUUGUCGGUGUUAAAUCACAGGGUCAUGAUAACUUGAAAGACAAGAUCCCAAGUAUCUUCGAGAUUCAAGAUCAUAUAGAAAUGGCAUGGGACCUAGGAAUCAAUGUACAAGGCCGUGAUGAGACUGGCGGUAUUCGUGGAACAAGAAAAUAUAUCGGGACUUCAGAGGCACAAGCUAUGUUCUGCAAACUCGGGAUAGCCUGCGACGCCCAAGGCUUCAAACCCAAACGCCUCCGCAAAGACUCCCCCUCGGGCACUCCCAAGCCCCAAAAAGCACACGACCUCCUCUUCGCCCACAUCGAAGCCUACUUCACAGCCGGCUGCACCGACUACGACCCUAAAAUUCGCUGCACUACGCUCCCACCCAUCUACUUCCAACACCCGGGCCACAGUCUUACGAUCAUCGGCAUCCAGCGCGCCACCGACGGCGCCAAAUCCCUUAUUGUAUUUGACCCGUUGUAUCAUGAUCCGCCGGGUAUUAUGCGACAUGUGGGCCAUCAGUUCGUGCAUAAGGAUCCGAGUCAGGCGCUUAAGUUGUAUAGGAGGGGUAGGGCGUAUUUGGAGAAGUAUCAUGAGUUUGAGGUUUUGAAGUUGUGUCCGCCUGUUGGGUUAAGGGGGAGGAUGAGGUUGCUGAGGAGGGGUAGGUGA